AUGACAUCAUUAGAAAAAAUCACAUUGCCUUCAACUUUAAUUAACAUUUCUUCAAAACUCUUUUAUCAUUGCAGUAGUUUACGAGAAAUAAAAUUACCAGAUAAUAUUACAACAAUUGGAGAAAUGGCCUUUGAAGAAUGCAGUAGUCUUGUUCGUAUCGAAAUUCCAAAUUCAGUUUCAAACAUUUGUUCUAGAGCAUUCUGUCAUUGCAACAAACUCAAAGAAUUAACAUUGGAGACUUCUAUUGUUUCCAUACCUGAACAAUGCUUUUAUAAUUGUUAUUCUCUUGAAACAAUUAAUAUUAAAUCAAAUAAAUGCUUAUUAAUCGCCAAUAAAUCAUUCUGCAACUGUUAUUCAUUGAAAUCUAUUUCAUUCCCAGUUUCAUUGCAAAAAAUAGAAUCAUAUGCAUUUGCAAAUUGUUCAAAUUUAACCGAACUAACAUUUCAAAUUGCACUGAUUCAACUCAGUGAAGGAUGUUUUAUUAAUUGUACAUCACUGAAAAAGAUCAAUUUACCAAAUAGUCUUAAAACCAUCGAAAAGAAUUCAUUUUCUAAUUGUUAUGAAUUACAAGAAAUUUUCAUUGAAUCAAAUUGUUCAAUACGAGGGGAUAUUUUUGAGAAUUGCAACAAAAUCGAAAAUAUUUUUAUUAACUCACAAAUCGAAUCUUUCCAUAACACAGUUAAAUCAAUCACACUUAAUUUAUCAGUCAUUGAAUAUCCAUCACUUUCAUCAUUCAAUCAUCUUGAAAAUAUUAUUAUCAUUUCUCAUGAAAAUGAAUCACUUAUCAAUGAACAUUUCAUCACAUCAUCUAAUGUUAAUAUUUCUAUCAUCGGAAACAUCAAACAAAUUUCAGAUAAAUCAUUUUCUAAGAGUUAUAUCAACACAUUCUUGUACUGUGGUGAUCGAUCAGUUGACGGUCAAUUCCUUUCUAAAGAUCGCGUUAAAAUUGUUUCUGUUUCCGAACACUAUCCUCACAACAACAUUGGUGGUGUUCAUGCUCAUAAAACAUCCGAAUGUCCAAACUUUCCUAAAAAGCCAUAUGUUCGACUUACUACAUUACAAAUUAUUCUUAUUACUAUAUCUAUUGUUAUUCUUAUUUCCAUUUGUAUCACAAUUCUUAUCAAAAUUCAGAGAUGUCGUAAAUCUCAGAAGAAAUAUGAAGACCAAAUCAUGUUAGAAAAGCUUGUUAAUGCUGAAUUUGGAUGA